GACCCGGACCACCAGCGCUGCAGCCGAAACCCUCGGCUCCGCUGCAGUUCUACCGAGGUGUCAUGCAGCUGAACAGGGAAAUAGACAGCUUACAUAAGUUUGUCGCUGGAUCCAUAGCCUCCACAUCGGCGUGACAGCCCGGCUGAGCUCCGAGCAGAGGCGGGAAUGGAGCGGGGAGACGGGGACGAGGAUGAGAGGAGCUCGUCCCAGCAGAACUCGCUGUGGAAACAGUUCCAGGCCAAAGCCAAGCCGCUGCUCAGCCCCAAGCUGGGCGCCAGGGACCCGGAGAACAAGAGGGAGCGAGGCAUGUGGAUGUUCAAGAUGAUGAAACGGAGGGAGAACGUCGCCCACGACCGGGUGAUCUCCUCCUCGCAGCCCGACCUGCUCUUCUCCUCCCGGGGGGACGUGGACGCCACAGAGGCUCCGCUCCGCGGAGAAGCGGCGGCGAGCGGCUCCGGACUCGUGCGGGAGAAGCUGCCGUCGUCCUCCCAGCACAAGACUGCCUUCCUGGACAAGCCCACGGUGGCUCAGCUGGUGCAGUCCCACCACAAGAGCUCCUCUCUGGGGUCUGCGUGUCUGGAGAAGCUGUCCGAGCCACCGGCCAGCGGCAGCGGGGGCAGCAGCGGGGGCGAGGCGGCAACAGCUGCUGCUGCAGCCACGGAGCCCCCGCUGGAGAGCAGGGAUGAGCAGCCGGGUAUUGCUGCUCCGUGCUCCGCAGGGGCCAAUCCUGAGCGAUUCACCACCAGCUCAGGGAUGUACAAGCUGGAGAUUGAACUCAAGAGAGGCCACAACCUGGCCGUACGAGACCGAGGAGGCAGCAGUGAUCCAUAUGUCAAGAUCAAACUCGGGAAUAAAGAUGUGUUCAAGAGCAAAACCAUCCACAAAAACCUCAACCCAGUGUGGGAUGAGAAGACGACUGUAAUAAUGGAUAGUCUGAGUGAAGCUUUGCAUGUCAAGGUGUUUGACUAUGACUUUGCGGUUCAAGAUGACUUCAUGGGUUCAGCUUACCUCAACGUGGAGUCUCUGGAGCAGCAGAGGUCGAUACCUGUAACCCUGGUGCUGAAGGACCCACAGUACCCCGAUCAGGAUCUGGGCACCUUGGAGCUCGCUGUCACCCUGACGCCUAAAGACAGUCCCAUAGAGGAGCGACGAGACUCAAUGCAGAGGGAGGUUAAGACGUAUCGGUGGAGGCCUUAUGUGAAUAAAACUAUGCUGCUCAGGAGGUCCUGGAAACGAUCCACUAAGCAGCAGCAGUCAAUGCGUCUCUCAGAGAUGCAUCGGAAAUCACAACUCUGGCGAGGGAUUGUCAGCAUUGCGUUAAUCGAAGGUCGGAACCUGACUCCCAUGGAUCCCAAUGGCCUGAGUGACCCGUACGUCAAGUUCAGACUGGGGCACCAGAAGUAUAGGAGCAAGUGUGUGCCAAAGACCCUGAGUCCACAGUGGAGGGAGCAGUUUGACAUGCAUCUGUUUGACGAGAUAGGAGGAGUGUUGGAGAUCACUGUGUGGGACAGGGACACCGGCAGGAGAGAUGACUUCAUUGGACGCUACCAGCUGGACCUCUCUGCUCUGGCCAAAGAGCAAACCCAUCACUUGGAGCUGCCGCUGGAAGAGUCCCGGGGCCACGUGGUGCUGCUGGUCACGCUUACCGCCUCGACCCACGUCUCCAUCGCUGACUUGUCCGUCACACCGCUGGACGACCCACAAGAACACAGGGAGAUACUCGAACGAUACAGUUUGCGACAGUCGUUCUCUAACUUAAAAGAUGUGGGCAUAGUGCAGGUCAAGGUGAUGAGAGCAGAAGGUCUCAUGGCUGCAGAUGUAACUGGUAAGAGUGACCCUUUCUGCGUGCUGGAGCUGAAUAACGACAGACUUCAGACACACACUGUUUACAAGAACCUAAAUCCAGAGUGGAAUAAAGUCUUCACCUUUAAUGUGAAAGACAUUCACUCAGUGUUGGAGCUGACAGUGUUUGAUGAGGACAGAGACAGGAGCGCUGACUUCCUGGGAAAAGUUGCCAUUCCCUUGUUGCAUAUACGAAACGGUGAGCAGAAGAGCUUCACAUUAAAGAAUAAGGAGCUGACGGGUCCAACCAAAGGAGUCAUCUACCUAGAGAUCGAUGUCGUCUACAACACUGUCAGAGCUGCUUUGAAGACUGUGGUCCCUGCAGAACAGAAAUAUAUCGAGGAAGAACCAAAAGUCUCCAAACAGUUGCUCCAGCAGAAUUUCAAUCGCGUGAAGCGGUUCAUCAUGGUCCUGAUCAGCUACGGGACGUACAUCAACAGCUGCUUUGAGUGGGAGUCUGCACAACGGAGCAUCAUCUCCUUUGUGCUAUUUGUGGUGGUUGUGUGGAACUUUGAGCUCUACAUGUUGCCGCUGGCCUUGCUGCUGCUGCUGGUCUGGAACUACAUCUUCUCCUCGAGCAGGGAAACAGGCGACAUGUCAAUGGAGGCCAUGUUUGAAUGGGAGGAUGAAGAGGAGGAUAAAGAAGACAAGGACUCAGAGCCCAGGGGCUUCAUGGAUAAACUAUAUGCCAUCCAGGACGUGUUCAUCAGUGUGCAGAGUGCUCUGGACGAGGCGGCGUCUUAUGGAGAGAGGAUAAAGAACACCUUUAACUGGACAGUGCCUUUUCUAAGCUGGUUGGCGAUCACUGCCUUUUGUUUGGCCACAGUUCUUCUCUACCUCAUACCUCUUCGAUACCUUGUGCUCGCAUGGGGUGUGAAUAAAUUCACCAAGAAGCUUCGUAAUCCGUACUUGAUUGACAACAAUGAGCUUCUUGACUUUCUGUCCAGAGUCCCCUCCGAUGUUCAAGUGAUGCAGUAUCGUGAGCUAAGGGUCGACCCUGGACAGAGCCCCAACAAACGUAAGAGGACCAACCUGAGCUAACCGUCACAUCCACGUAGCAUCUGUCCUCCUCUCUGCUGGAAAACUCCACUGUAAACAGUGUAAACUAUGUUAUUUACAUAUCUCUUAUAUAUUUUGAUGAUGAAAAGUGUUGUUAUGUUUUGUUAUUGUGGAAAGACACUGAUUUAUUUUCUAAGUCUUGAUCUAAGUCUUGAAGAGAGAUGCUUCUGAGAAAACCAGGCAUGUUUUUUUACUCCCUUUAAUUUGUUGUAACAAUAUAAACCUGACGUUAUGUGUGGUAAUAAUGUAUGUUAUGAAUAUACAUGUGCAUGUAUGAAGGUGUGCUGCUGUUGCAUGGAAUCAAUGCAUCUCAGGUUUAAGUUGUUUUUUUGUUUUUUUACCUUUUGUCUUUUUAACUCUAUUUAUUGUUCAGUGUUAUUUUAAAAACAGAGCCGCAUGUUAUUACUGCCACUGUUAUUCCAUUUAUGACAGUAUAUACACAUAAACCCAUAUAUAACUCAGUAAAUAACACCUCAUAUGAAACACAAGGUCAGAGUUGAUCAAAUCCACACAGCAACUUUUAUCGUAAACUUGCAAACUGUAAAAUAUCCAUGUCAGCAGGAUUUCUGUGCUAACUUUGCCCAUUUAACCCAAACACUGUAACAUCAUUUUCUUGAAGGUGAUUAUGCAGUGAAAGGGACAUUCCACAGUUUUUUGGUUUUCCAGUUUAGGAGUGCUGCUCUGCGAUUUAAAACCCUUCUCUCUUUUGGGUCGGGCAGCUCCAUCGACAGCUGGGGGAUCACAUGAUGCAAAAUAACUCAAAGUUACUCAAGUGCUGUACUUAAGUGCAAAUUUAAAGUACUUGUACUGAGUAUUUCCAUUUAGACCACUAGCAGAUUCAGAUUAAUAACGCCAAAUAUAUAUGUAUAUAAAAACAGAGAAAUGAUGGUGUAUUUUUUUAUUAUGAUGGGUUAAGAUGAAGCUUGACUAAUCCCCCUAUUUGUCCCACUUUUAACAGCUGCAACAUUAAAGUAACAAUAGUAAAAAUACAUUAUUCUGAAAUGGCAUUCACCCAUUCACACCCACAUUAAUACAGUGCAUGCAUGUGCAGCACUUUCUCUGUCACACAUCUGUCACACUGCUGGCACAGCGGGCACGGUCCAGUGUCUCACUCCUGAGCCAAGGUUGCUUCAACAUAAAAUAACAUAAAACAUCAGCAAACGUCUUCCAUUACAGCCCAGACCAGAAUGCUAUGCACAUACAAGGAUUAGAGCCCAUACAGGAGUGCAUGUAUAAGCAGUAUAUACGUAGUAAAUCAACAGUACUCUACAGUGUACUUAUAAUACAUCUAGAGCUGUGUCUCCACCGCAGGGAUCAGAGUUCAUAUUGAGUUCAGAGGAAAGUUACUAGAGCCAAUUAGGGUUUUGAUUGAUUUCCUGUUUACUGCUUUUGCAGUGAUGCACACAUGCUACCUGUCCAUCAAUUUAUAUGGUGUCAUCAUUGCUGUUAAUGUCUGUUUAUAUAGAUCUUUUCUAGUUGUUUUACAGAACAGCUUUUUGUCAUUCACCCAUUGACACAAACCUUCAUACUGUGCAUCUAUGGGUUCAGCAUCUUGCGGAAGGACACUUUUCUAACAUAUUGAAUUGUAUAUCUUAGUUUGAUUUGCUUUUAUGUCGACAGUUUAAAUCUUCUGUAAGAUUAAUUCAGUCAUUCAGAAAUUUUCUUUUUCCAGGAAACAACUUCAAGAUAUAGAAUUGUGUUUAUUUUCUCUUUCAACCUUUUCUUUUUGCAUAAUUCUCACAUCUGCCACUUUAUUUUCUCUUUCGAUUGUUUCCUAUUUUGCUUUGGGCCAAAUGUUUGAUUAGUGUGAAGUGUGUUGGUGUGAAGUGUUCAGGAAAAUCACAACAGUUAGUGUCAGUGGAGUUCCCAUCCGGAAGGUUUGGGGACUUGAUCUCCUGCAUGUCUGUGUACGCUGUCAUUUGUGUGUGUCAAAGUGUUUAUGCAUGACCAAACAGAAACUAUAUGCAAGUGCAUUUAUGGAUGCUGAAUGUGAAGUGCAUCUAAUAUGUGUGUCGCUUGUAUGUGACGUCCAGGUCCACCUGCGCUUCCAGGUGAGGAGAGAGGAAGCGUUGUUAAAUCGUAUGUGCUGUUUCCUCUCUGCAACAAAUCAUCUCUCCUGCCAUGUUGCACAUACUAUGUUUACAAUGGGUAUCUGCUGCUGUUGACGAAUUACUGGGAUUGUAAUGAAGGACCAGCUGUAAGAACUGUGUAGCAUUUAUCUCAGAAAAUAUAUUUCUACACAUCCACA